GCACCUCUUUGGUUCCAGGUUCUCACUCUCUUCCAGUCUUCAGUCUUCACCCUCUCUUGUUUCUUCUCUGCAGCUAGUUGAGAGAUUUGCUGAGGAGGAUGGAGAAGCUGAUCAUAAAAAUCAAGAUCCCGCGGGCAGAUGAGCUCCAGUUUGCAUGUCCAGUCUGCUCGAAAAGCUUUGCGAGCGGGAAGGCUUUAGGGGGGCAUAAGAGGGUUCAUAUGCACAAGGGCAAGAAGAGUUCGAAUCAGAGAAGGGAGCUCCAGAUCGCUGAUGGGGAGGCCGGAAAUCGUGUUAAUAGCUUUAACUGCCCCGUCUGUCCAAAGUCCUUUGUUUCUGACAAAUCGUUGCACGGGCACAUGAGAGCGCACCCGGAGAGGAAUUGGAGGGGAAUGAAACCUCCAAAUCCGGGAGUCGAGAAUGGUUGUAAUUCUUCUUUGGUGCCUGUUUCAGGUCCUGCCGUAGCUCUUCUUGGGAACGGGAGUGAAGGGGAUAAAGAGUUGGGAUCUGAUGUGCCGUUGCUUGAGUGGCCGCAAUCGGCGAGGAGAAGCAGGCACGGGAAGGCCCCGAUGAAUAUUCCAGCUGAUCCUGAUUAUCAGGAACAGUCCGUGUGUGGUGCCUAUGAUCUUAUGGCGCUUGCCAAUGGCGAACCACGGAGACAAGAUCUGGCACCAAAGAAGAAAAGACUGGAGCUGGCCAUCUCAACGGGUGCUGGAAGUUCCGGGGAUUCGUCCCGCAACAAGAAGGCUAUAGUUCUUGGAGGUGACUUGUCUUUGCAAAAGCGAGACAUGAUCACAAAUCCAGGGCUGGAAAGUUCGGUCAGGGGGAAGGCUAUAGUUCUUGGAGGUGGCCUAUCUGUGGGUAAUCGCGACAAGAUCCCAAAUCCAGGGCCGGAAAGUUCAACCAGGAGGGAGGGCUCGUCGUCGGUUAACAGCAACGUGAAUGCUCGCAAUAAGGUUUCUGUUAAAGCUCAAAAGCAAUACAUUUGUAGCAUAUGUUACAGGUCUUUCAGGAGCUACCAUGCCUUGGGAGGACACAAAGCCCAUCAUAUUACCAAGGAUGCCAAGGUUAGAUAUUCAGUGGGUAUAGACAAUGGGUCCACUGCUGCUGGCCCGGUGGUCCCAUACAUCGGACAACCCCAAGGAUGCAGCAGCGAGCAUCGUUGCCCAUUUUGCGACAAAAUAUUUUCAACAAGCCGGGUUCUGAUUGACCACAGGCGGCAGUGUACUGGACCGACUGAACCCAUUAAUGAAGUUUUGCAUCCAGGAGGGGAGGAGACGAGGAACCUGUCCAUAGUCGUCCAUAAGUUUGACCUUAAUGAACUUCCACCUGAAUGGACCGACGCGGACUGCUAGGUGAUGGCUAGAAUAAUGAUUGCUGGAGUAACAUCAGGGUUUCCAUGGCAAGGGCAUGAGACUUAUUAAUUAUCAUGUAGCUAAAUUAUGGGUGUAUUAGAAAAUAAAAUAAUUAACUGAUCAUAUAUAUACCUUUCCUAUUUUGAAACUGACCAGGCAUAAUGUAACUGUGAAGCAGCUCAUCAUUCAAGAAAUUAAGUUG